CGCCGUGCUGCUGGCGCCCGGGCUCUCGCAGCCGCACGAUGUAGCUGGAAAGAGACCAUUAAUGCUGAAAAUUGAUCAGGCCUUGCUGUUAAUCCACAAUGAAUUGCACAACGAAGAUUUGACAGUCUCCUGGCUUUCUGAUUAUUGUUACCAGUGCUUGUAUCAGUACUUGGGGUUGGUGCCCAUGAACAAUACCUCAGGAAAGCCUCGAGUGGAAGUCGCAGUGGAUGCCCAGCAUUCUGUCACCCUCCAGCUCAAUGGCACGUCAGAUGGCAAAGAGCUUUGCAAGAUCCACUAUCAUUUUGGAGAGUUUGGAAACUAUUCCCUCAUGGUAAAAAGGCCCUACAGAAGCACCACAAACGUCUCCUGCACCAUAGGCAUCAAUGCCAGUCCUGUCAACAGUAACCUCCCUAUCCUGUAUGCAUUCCUUAUUUAUAUGGGAAUCCUCAGCAUCUUGACUUUGGGACACUUUUUUAUAAACAUGGAUCCAGUGAAGAAUUGGCUUCAUAAGAAACUGAACCCUAGAGAAACGGAUCGUCUCAUUAAUUCUGAGCUGGGGUCCCCAACUGGAGCAGACUCUGUUACCGGUGACCAUGGUACGAAUGUGUGGAGUGUCUCCCAGAGGCGCCUGCGCUCCCUCGACACAUUCCGAGGGCUCUCUCUCAUCAUAAUGGUAUUUGUUAAUUAUGGAGGAGGAAAAUAUUGGUUCUUCAAGCAUCAGAGCUGGAAUGGAUUAACGGUGGCUGAUCUUGUGUUUCCAUGGUUUGUGUUUAUCAUGGGGAGCUCCAUUUCACUGUCUCUGAGCUCACUGCUGAGGCGGGGAUGUUCAAAGUGGCAAGCACUGGGGAAAAUUCUCUGGAGGAGUUUUUUGCUCUUCCUCAUCGGAGUCCUUGUCGUGAACCCCAAUUAUUGCCUUGGACCUAUGUCCUGGGACAGCUUGCGGAUCCCAGGUGUGCUUCAGAGGCUGGGCUUUACCUACCUGGUGGUUGCCAUCAUGGAACUCCUUUUUGCCAGGGUCGUGGCUGCGAGUGAGAACUUGGAGAUGCCGUAUUCUGCUUUUCAGGAUAUUCUGUGUUACUGGCCACAGUGGCUUUUCAUUCUGUCACUGGAAGCAACUUGGCUGUGUCUGACCUUUCUUUUAGAGGUACCUGGCUGCCCCCAAGGUUACCUUGGUCCUGGUGGCAUUGGAGAUUUUGGAAAAUAUGACAAUUGCACUGGAGGAGCAGCUGGCUACAUUGAUCGCCUGCUCUUGGGUGAAGAGCAUAUUUACCAGCACCCAUCUUCCAAUGGGAGCUUUACUGGUUCUUACGAUGGCUUUGAUUCUUUUCUUCCUCAACUUCAGGCAGGAAAAAUUAUCUUAUUUUACAAAGACCAGCACAAGCAGAUCCUGAGUAGGUUUUUCAUAUGGAGUCUAAUAAUGGCUGUUAUUUCUGUUGCCUUGACAAAAUGCUCUAAGGAUGAAGGAUUUAUUCCCAUAAAUAAGAACCUAUGGUCUCUGUCCUACGUAACAACCCUGAGCUGUUUUGCCUUCAUGCUUUUACUGCUGAUAUAUUACCUUGUGGAUAUCAAGAGAUGGUGGUCUGGUGCUCCAUUUUUCUACCCAGGAAUGAACUCCAUCUUGGUCUACAUCGGGCACGAAGUAUUUGAAGACUAUUUCCCUUUUAAGUGGAAGAUGAAGGACAAUCAAAGCCAUGCAGAGCACUUGGCUCAGAAUUUGAUUGCAACAUCGAUUUGGGUCGUCAUAUCGUAUGCGCUUUACCGGAAAAGGAUAUUCUGGAAAAUCUGAGAGUGCUUUUGAAGGCUGGUCCUGUCCUCAGUUCAACAGGAGCUUGAGGCUGGACUCCCCCAGACCCAUGCCAUUCCAGCUGGGAUUCAUUACUAAAAAGGGAUCAUGUGUUCAGUUUACAUUUCCAGGGAAGCUUUCAUUAAGACUUAUGUGCCUAAGGGAUAGUAUUUUCCUAGUUAAUGAAAACACAGUAUCUUGCCAGAGGCCAUCUGGUUGCAUAUUCUAUUUUGUAUAUGUUCUGGUGCUCAGUACAGUGCUGCUGGUGUGUGUGUGUGUGUAUAUACAAUAAAUACAAGAUGUACUGAAUAGCUUUUUACUGUUCUGAAAAGCUGAUGCCUUUCAUCAAGUGAACAAUUAUAGAUGCUGCAGCUUACUCACAACAUGUAAUAUAUAUUUAAUGGCCAAUGAAUACAAAGGAAAGAGUAAUUGCCAAAUUACUGCAGUUAAUUCAGGAGCUUGGACAUGGCUGUUAGACUGAUGCUUCCAACUGCCAGCACUGCAGUGGCAGCUUAUUAGUUAAGUUCCUGGCUCUGGAGGAGGUCCCUCCUAUGCAUCUGGUCGCUGCAACACUGUUCCACUCUGAGUAGGGGGGAGGACCACAGAACUUUUAGCUUGGGUCCAAUUUGCAGUGCAUGCUGGGAGACUUCAAAGCAGUCUGUGCUGUGGCUAGGUGGCAACAGGAGAACACAAAUGCCUCCAUUUGUCUGCAUCCAGUCAGAGCUUAAAUCAGUUACGUUUUAAUAGACAAACAACAAUCCUAAACCUGCUAAGAAAUUAUUUGUUCUGAUAGACUUAAUUUUGUAGGCUCCUGGCAGACACAUGGUUUUUACCAAAUGGUCUGGAAAUGUUUUAUGGCCUUUAAAUAAGUAAAUUUCUCUAGCACAGCCUAGAUGCCUAGAGCUCGCAUAGCACAGACUACACUUCAAAUUGUUACCCUCCGACUUAAUAUUGACUAAAACUUCAUUGAGAACAGUGAUAUACAGGCAACCCCUGCUUAAUGCUCGUUUUACAUUGAUACCUGAUUCCACUUAGUGCUCAGUGAGUUUCGUUAUAACGCUCAGUUGCCAUCUUGGUUUGUCAAAACUUGGUUUUGCUUAACACUAUUUCAGCUUCAGGCUCAUUUUUUCCGGAACCGAGCAUUAAGUGGGGGUUGUCUAUAGUUUUAUUCUAAGGAACUAGAUUUCACAGGUGUGAUCCUUCUUUUAACAGUGAUCAUAUUAAACCCAGACCUGAUUUCAUUAAAAAAAAGAGAAGUAUUCAACCCCAACAGGUUAACAGAAAAGAAAGACACCCCAGACUUGAUAUAUCAAAGAGAAUGAUAGUAGGGGUGAUCAAUUUGCAAUGGUUCUGUCAAGUGUUCAAGGUCCUUUGAGAAAGCUGACCUGCAAGAUUCACUCACAGGGUGACUUCCAAACUGGUGCUAAUAAAAAGUCUUGACAAUA